CAGCGGCAGCAGCAGCGCUAGCAAGCAAGCGAGCAAGCAACCUGCACCAGGACUGCGCGGAGGAGUGGGAGCCCGCGAUGCUUUGGCCUCAGUACUUUUCCUUAGCCUGUCUGGCUAACCGGGGCCAUUGCUGCCGCCGCUGCUGCUGCUAGACACACAACACACACCAACAUCAGGAGGGGGAAAAGUAAGGGAGAGAGGAGAAAAAAAAAAAAAAAAAUCCCAGGAAGAUGGCGCCCACCAAGCCAAGCUUUCAGCAGGAUCCUUCCAGGCGAGAACGUUUACAAGCUUUGAGGAAGGAAAAGUCCCGAGAUGCUGCUCGUUCUCGCCGAGGAAAGGAGAAUUUUGAAUUCUAUGAGUUGGCAAAGUUGUUGCCAUUGCCUGCAGCCAUUACCAGCCAGCUUGACAAGGCAUCCAUUAUCCGACUUACAAUUAGCUAUCUGAAAAUGAGGGACUUCGCUAAUCAAGGUGAUCCUCCAUGGAACUUGAGGAUGGAAGGACCUCCACCAAAUACAUCAGUGAAAGUUAUAGGUGCCCAGCGCAGGAGAAGUCCCAGUGCCCUUGCCAUUGAAGUAUUUGAAUCACAUUUGGGAAGUCAUAUUUUACAGUCCCUGGAUGGAUUUGUAUUUGCACUAAAUCAAGAAGGAAAAUUUUUGUACAUUUCAGAAACUGUCUCCAUCUAUUUAGGCCUGUCCCAAGUGGAACUGACAGGCAGCAGUGUGUUUGACUACGUCCACCCAGGAGACCAUGUGGAGAUGGCAGAGCAGCUGGGCAUGAAGCUUCCCCCGGGGCGAGGCCUCCUCUCACAGGGUACAGCAGAGGAUGGAGCCAGCUCAGCAUCCUCAUCUUCCCAGUCCGAGACCCCUGAGCCAGUGGAAUCUACAAACCCCAGUUUGCUAACCACUGACAACACUCUAGAGCGCUCUUUUUUCAUCCGAAUGAAAUCUACACUGACCAAGCGAGGAGUGCACAUCAAAUCAUCAGGAUACAAGGUGAUCCACAUAACAGGCCGGUUACGUCUGAGAGUGUCGCUGUCACACGGACGGACAGUGCCCAGCCAAAUCAUGGGACUUGUUGUCGUUGCUCAUGCCUUGCCACCUCCUACCAUUAAUGAAGUCAGGAUUGACUGCCACAUGUUUGUCACUCGUGUGAAUAUGGACCUCAAUAUCAUUUACUGUGAAAAUAGGAUUAGUGAUUACAUGGAUCUGACCCCUGUAGAUAUUGUAGGAAAGAGAUGUUACCACUUCAUUCAUGCUGAAGAUGUGGAAGGCAUUAGACAUAGUCACUUAGACUUGCUGAAUAAGGGUCAGUGUGUAACAAAGUAUUACCGCUGGAUGCAGAAGAACGGAGGUUAUAUCUGGAUACAAUCUAGUGCAACCAUAGCUGUCAACGCCAAGAACGCAAGUGAGAAGAAUAUCAUUUGGGUCAAUUACCUCCUUAGUAACCCAGAGUACAAGGACACUCCAAUGGAUAUUGCACAACUUCCUCAUCUCCCAGAGAAAACCUCAGAAUCCUCGGAGACCUCUGACUCUGAAUCAGAUUCAAAGGACAACUCAGAGGACAAUGAGAACUCAAAGUCAGAUGAGAAAGGAAACCAGUCAGAAAACAGUGAAGACCCUGAAUCCGACAGGAAAAAGUCAGGAAAUCAGUCAGAUAAUGAAAUGAACUGUAAUGAGGAUGGGAACAGCUCCAGCAACCAGGACAGCAGGGACAGUGAUGACAGCUUUGAAAACUCAGACUUCGAGAAUCAAAAGGCCCCUGAGGACAGUUUUGGCACUCUUGGCUCUAUGCAGAUCAAGGUGGAGCGCUAUGUUGAGAGUGAGUCAGACUUGCGGUUGCAGAACUGUGAAUCACUGACCUCCGACAGUGCCAAGGACUCAGACAGUGCAGGUGAAGUAAAUGCCCAGUCUUCCAGCAAACAUCAGAAGAGGAAGAAGAGGAGAAAAAAGCAAAAGGGAGGCAGCAUGACCCGGAGAAGGCUGUCAAGCACCUCAAGUCCAAAUGGACUUGACUCAGCUUUGGUGGACCAGCCCCAGCUGCUCUCGUCACCAAACAGUGCCUCAGUGCUCAAAAUUAAAACAGAAAUCUCAGAACCUAUCAAUUUUGAUAAUGAUAGCAGUAUUUGGAAUUACCCACCCAACAGGGAAAUCUCAAGGAAUGAAUCACCCUACAGUAUGACCAAGCCCCCCAGCUCCGAGCACUUCCCUUCCCCCCAAGCCAGCAGUAGUUUACAUGUCUCCAUUCCAGACUCUGUUCUCACCCCGCCAGGGACUGAAAAUACUGCCAGCCGUAAAACUCAGUUCAGCACCUCAUCCAACUCGGCCUUGGCUCCAGUGUCCUCUGACCCUUUGUCACCCCCACUUUCAGCAUCUCCAAGGGACAAACAUCCAGGAGGUCCCACAGCGUCCAACUCUUUGUUGUACACUGGGGAUCUGGAAGCCCUUCAGAGGUUACAGGCAGGCAAUGUGGUGCUUCCUUUGGUUCACAGGGUAACGGGAACCCUUGCUGCGACCAGCACUGCUGCUCAGAGGGUCUACACCACUGGCACUAUUCGGUAUGCUCCAGCUGAAGUUACUUUAGCCAUGCAGGGCAACCUCCUCCCCAACACCCACGCUGUUAACUUUGUUGAUGUUAACAGCCCCAGCUUUGGGCUGGAUCCUAAAACACCGAUGGAAAUGCUCUACCACCACGUUCACCGACUCAACAUGUCGGGACCGUUUGGAAGUGCUGUGAGCGGGGCCAGCCUGACCCAAAUGCCUGCAGGGAAUGUGUUCACAACUGCCGAAGGACUUUUUUCCACUCUUCCAUUUCCUGUGUACAGCAAUGGCAUUCACACUACACAGACUCUGGAACGGAAAGAGGAUUGAAAUAUGACCACAUACUGUGUUCAGUGUUAUACUCUGAGGCAUAGACUAUGUUUUAAUUUAGACCUUUAAUUCUAGCACUUUGAAUUUGAGCAGGUCAGCUUAUUAUCUCAAUAUGAUGGUCCCCAUUUCAUUCCCUUUCUCUUUAACUUGACUUAUUCUUUAAUGUAAAGAUAUUUUUUUAUUUUUGCCUUCAGAGAGUCGAAGUACCAGUUGCCUGCCAUUUUGUCUUCUUCUAAGAUGUGUGUUUUUUCCUUUGCAUCUUUAUUAAGAUGCCUUUAAUAUGUGUAUGCCUCUGCCAUAGAAUACUCAGUGUUGUGGUAAAGAGAUUUUAAAGUGACAACCAUUGGUUUUACUUCAAAAUUAUCUUGAUAUGAUCAAGAUUAAAAGAGACAAGCAUAAACAAUGUGCCCUGUUUGACUAAGUCAAAUGAAAAGGGGGUUUUGUUCCUAAUUCCUUUAAAAUAGGGGAUAGUAUUUUAGAAUUUUAUGCAGAGUUUAAUUCUCUUUUUAUGGUUAAGAUUUUCUUACUUGCACAUAAAAUAAUUUGGGUUCUUAAAAAGUUAAUUUCUGGCCUGUGACUAGAAUGUUAAAAAGUUGGACUAAAUGUUAAUUACAGAAACUUUAACUUAAUUUCUAAAACCAUGGUGCUAUCAUUUAUUAAUCUGUAAUGUCUUCAUACAAUAUGCAGCUUGUGGGCUGGGUUUUUUGGAAAGAAUGUGUUCCGUACUGGUUUAUAGUGGGGUGCUGCAGUCUCCUUGGUUAGUUAAGACAAAAGCCCUCAUUAACAUUUGCUGCAGGACUUAAAAUUCGUUACCUCCAAACUAACAAGCAUAGCCUCACAUCAAAUUUAAAUGGGUCAGGAAGCCUUUUUCAAAAAGAGCUUAAAAACAAAAAACUCAAUUUAAUUGACGCGAGGAGCAGUUUCUUAGGUGCAUAUUGUUUUGCUUUAUUUUUUUCUCAGUGUAACUGAGGCUAAUUUUACAACAUCAAAUAACACUUCAGAGUAAAAAAAAAAA